AUGCUGGGCUUCCCGCUGCGUGGUCCUCCGGUGAGGCUGUGCGUCGGCCUUGCAUGUGUCCUGUCCCUUUGGAACACAGUGUCUGCCUUUAAAGGAGAAGCCAAGAAGGAAAAUGCCAUGACCUUCCUACCUACAACAGUGUCUAGCCUUAGAGGAGAAGAGAGCAGAGAAAAGGGAGUAGCUUUUCUUGGCACCGCAGAGCUGCCUGUGAGGUCGGUUGAUCUGUCUGCACUUAACCUGACAGAGCUGGUGAACGGGAUGCUGAGUAGAGCUUUAAAAGAGAGCAAGAAGUUCUUCUCCUUGCUGAGUAUCACUUCCUACAGCUCCUUCGCCUUCCACAAGUUCGCGGUGGCCAUUUACAACAUUUCUCACCUGAGGUCUGUGGACCUGGCCCGAUUCCCCACGCGGUACUGCUACUGCUUAAACAACGGGACCAGCGACUUAUCAGAUUUCACAGCCCUCCUGGUGGACGUCAUUGGAAAUUCUACCAGCUACCUCACAGAGAUUUUUAAGUCGACCUCCAUUCUUUCAGCGAGUCAAAUGAAUGAAUCCGACUGCAUCUUCAUCUGUGUGAUGACGGGAAAGUCAGGAAGGAAUUUUUCUGACUUCUGGGAGAUGGCGGAAAAAUCUCCCGUUAUCAAUUACACGUUUACCAGCAGCAUGCCUGGUGUUCUGGGUGAGUCUACCAGGGGCAUGGCCGGGACUUCACAGCUCACACCCACCAGCCCACAGACACUACCAGGGACAAGCCCCCUGCACGGACCCCAGAGCACUGGAGUGUCUUCUCCGAGAACCUCUUCCAGAACAGAGACAACUCCUCCUUCAGAGGGAGGGCAGACCGUGAACACGGACGGGCUUCCUGAGCUUCGCACCAGAGCCACGACCAGAGCCACGACCAGUGCCACCCCCGGCAGUGCCUCCUCCACCCUCCCAGCCUUGGCUACCGGGAAGGUGGCCGGAACUCCCAGGGUGACAGCCCACAGGCAGGCAUGGGCUUCCACACUGCCUGUGCUCCGGGCUCAGGUCACCAGGGAGAAAACCCCUGGAGGGCCUCCCUGGGAAACGCUUACGUCCACACCAGCAUCUGCAGAGUCCGAGGAGGCCACGAACACAAGGAGCCUUUCCUGGUCUCCUGCUAGGACAGCGGCCGCACCUGACAGCCCAUCCUGGACCAGCCUGACCUCAGACACACCCACCCCUGGCACACAGACUCAGCGUCCUACCAAGGCUCCGGCCCCCAGAUAUCCACAGACAGGUGAUGUCCCUGCCGGGUGGCCCUUUAUCCCUGGAGAAGCGCCAGCCGUGGUCCCAGGACCCCACCAGGUUUCAAGGUGUCCUGAGCCGAGCCUCAGGGAUGGGGCCAUGACAGCUACUCCUCUCACACUGGCCAUCCAGGAGCUCAACCCUUGCCUGAUGGAGCUGUGCCGCUUUUUCCAGCAAUGCCUCUGUAUGAGCCAGAAGAGAGACCCCAGGAUGGAGGCUGUGAGGUACUGUCUUGAAUACUAUUCCUGGUUUCUUAAGAAUGCAACAUACAUCUGCCAGAGGGUGAAAAGGGUGUCCCGUUCACACACCUUAAAGCAAAAAUGCCUGGAGAAUAUCUGCAAGUCUGUUUGA